AUGUCUCUUUCACCAGUCGCGACUGACCCCGUCUUUACCCCAGACGAGGUGAAUCUCGCCCCUGGGGCCACAUCGAUUUGCCGAGUAUCGCCUAAGCCGCCCUGCAAGCUUGGUCUUACGGAGAGCGUUAUGGUAGAUGCGAUCGAGCUUUCGCCCGUGACUCCAGUAAACAAGCAGAACUAUGACUCGGAAAGUCGAUCAGUACUUUCAGCCAGGUACAGAACACAAAGAACGCGGGAGAGAAUUCAGUUUGUGACAUUGUGUUGGUUUGACUAUCUGGAGGGCUGGAAUGAUGGAUCGAAUGGCCCACUGUUGCCAAGGAUUCAAAAAGUUUAUGGGGUUGGAUAUGCUGUUGUAUCUCUUAUUUUUGUUGUCGCUUGCGUGGGAUAUAUCACGGGCGCCGUGUCCAAUGUGAUCCUUGCCGAGAAGCUAGGAUUCGGAAAAGUGAUGGUACUAGGUUCUUUAUGUCAAGUCUUGGCAUACUGUAUCGAGUCUACGGGGCCCCCCUUUCCCGUGUUUGUAUCUGCGUAUUUCAUUAACGGAAUUGGAAUAGCUCUACAGGCAGUUAAAUUUGUUCAUCAUCAUUCAUCUUUACUAACUCGUGAACAGAAUGCACAUUCUGUCGGCUAUAUUGCAUGCAUUAAAGAAAAUGCAGAAGUGAAGAUGGGCGUUUUCAUGGCAGUAUAUGGGGCCGGAGCACUCUCAUCUCCUUUGGUUGCCACCCAAUUUUCACACCUGCCUCAUUGGAAUCUACAUUUCCUGACAUCCCUCGGAAUUGCGAUCACCAAUACAAUUGCCUUGAUUAUAGUCUUCCGGCUGAAGCCCCAGGCAGAGUGUCUUUCUGAGAUAGGCAUCGUGGACUCGGAUAACGAUGCAAGCGAGCACAGUCAUCUCAGGCAGAUAUUCGCGAACAAAAACGUCCAUCUUCUGGCAGCAUUCACUCUACUCUAUGUCGGAGCCGAGGUUACUCUUGGCGGCUGGAUUGUUACCUACAUUAUUGAUGUCAGAGGCGGAGGGCCUUCAUCUGGUUAUGUUUCUAGUGGUUUCUUCGGCGGUCUCAUGGUUGGUCGAGUGGCCUUGCUAUGGUUGAAUGAAAAGAUCGGAGAACGCUUGGCCUUGUUCAUCUAUGCCGUUCUGAUUAUCAUUUUCGAGUUCAUCAUAUGGUUCCUCCCGUUUUUGAUAGGAGAUGCAAUCAUCGUCUGUGUAAUUGGCAUGCUGCUGGGGCCAAUGUAUCCAAUUAUAGUGAACCAUGCAAGACGCGUGCUUCCUCGCCGAAUCCUCACUGGUUCCAUUGGUUGGAUUUCAGGACUGGGGCAGGCAGGUUCUGCAUUGGUUCCGUUUAUGGUGGGUGCUAUCGCGCAAACUGCUGGAAUGAAAACCUUGCAGCCUGUAUUGAUCGGCAUACUGGGUAUUAUGACUGGGUUAUGGGUCCUGGUGUGCUAUGGUUCCAGUUCACGUCGUGCCGAUUGA